UAUUAUUUUAUACUUUUGGUAAACUCUGUUUAACUUCCUAAAUCUCAAUCUGCAACAAAGUUUUGCUGACAAUUUUGUAGCCUUCCCACCAUGUUUCUAUUUAAGUAUUGCAUGUCAGUCUUUGCCUACGAAGGUAGCUGUCUACUCCAUCUCUUUCCCUGACUGAACAAUGACUGAUUUUUCACGUAAUGCCGAUUCCGGGUGUUUGUCCGGCAUGUUUGGCCGGAUUUCAUGCUUUAGGAGCCUCCCAACUCACCCAGCCGAUAAUGUGAUUGACUCGAAGACAGUCGACAAGUCUGAAGAUCAGAAGGAAAAUCCGACAGCCAAGGCUAAAACCAAAGCUCCAGCUAACCCAGGAGUCGUUGCUCGACUAAUGGGCUUAGAUUCAUUGCCGGAGACAAUUUGGGUUCCUGGAAACGGAACCUCUGAUUCACUUGUGCGCAGUAGGUCAGUUAGUUUUGCGGAUUAUAUGCUGCAGUUGGAUUUAAGCCAAACUCAGCAUCGCCGGGUUAGAACAUCGGUGUCGUUUCGGGAGGUUCCAGCAUUGUCACAUCAACAGAAUCGUGAUCUCUUGGUUGUGUAUCUGGAUAAUGUGGAUGAAACCAAGGGAAAGGGAACGAAGGUGAGAAAAUGUGAAAGAGAUUCUGGAGAUUUGAAGCAGAGGAAGGCCGAACAGAGAAGUAAGAAAAAGGAGAUCAACACGAGGGAAAGAGCUAAUUCUACGAAGAAGAAGAAGAAGAAAAUGGAGAAUCAAGAAAACAACAGGAUCUCCAUGUUAAGGAACGAGCCUAGGAGAGUUGUCUCCACUAACCUUUCUAACCGCAAUACUACUGGAUCUGCUAAGCGUUUGAACCUUCUUCCAACUCACAGGAAGAAUGAGGACAGAACUGAUGUUGCAAAUUUGAAGGAGAAAAGUCCACACAAGGCGAGAAAUCAGAAGAAGCAAACUGUGGAAGCCAAGCCCAGAAGGAACAGAAAACUUCAGGGUACUUUAGCUGUUGAAGUAGAGCGUGAUGAACGUCGUGACUCUCAAAAUUCAACUCCUAUAUAUCUUCUUGAAGUCAAUGAUUCUGAAAUGCAACAAGAAGCUCAAAGGCCAAAGGAGUCGAAUUUAAAUCGAACAUCUUCACCAAAAGUUUCUUAUUAUACGGAUGAUCUUAGCAUAGGAGCAAUCAAGAAGGACUGCGACAACCAAAUGGACAUUCCAGAAACACAGUAUUAUGUGGACGUGCUAGUGAAGCUGUUUAGGAUGACAGAAACGGAUAUUGAAGAGUCAAAUUGGAUAGCAAAGAAUUCCCUUGGAUUUGAAGGUUUUGAAGAGGUCUGCCAAGAGCUCGAGCGACACAUUCUGGAUGUACUACUAAACCAGGUUUUAGAUGAACUAGUUGCAGAGAUUCCCUUUGAAAAUCUGGUACAUAUAAUGCUUGAAGAAGCAAAUUUAAAUUGGCUAUAAACAGUGUAAAGUUUGCUUUCAUUUUUAUUUGUUUCUUCUUGUGCAAAUUGACUUCGAGACUCGGAGCUUUCAGCUUUCACA